UUCCCUUCAAAGUUUGUGGAAAGCAUAUUGAUUACCUAGUGAGGUACACGUUCAACUCAACCGUUAAUCAUGCCGUGUUUAAAGACGCAGAAUACACGCUUUCGCUGUUACACGGUCGACUCGAAGCGAUCAACUCGUCAAAAUGCAACGAUCCAAUUAACCUGAUGAUUACUCGAACAUUACGUAAUGACAGUGCAAGCAACAAAGAGUAUGUCAUCACUGCUAACUAUGCAAUCACAAUUGGAAUCAAACAAGUAUAUUGGUCUAAUUACAGCGUAUUAAAUAGCAUCCGAGGGAAAAUUGAGGAAUGCUCGGGUCAAGUAGUAAACGACAUUGUUGCAACUGGAAGCUUUGAGAGUGGGCUGGCCCUAAAUAUAUCUGGCAAAAUAUUCGAGGCGGAGUUCGACACAAUAAACGACGAGCGGAAAAACCAAUACUGCGAUUCAGACCACUAUAGAUGUCCGCCAGGUUCAAAAGAAGUAAGCAGGAUGUGUGGUGAGUAAAGUCAUACUAAAUAAAAGUACGAUACACAUACGAAAGAAUAUGAAGAUUUGUUGAAAACCUUCCAUAUUCAGAAAACAAGAUGAGCAUGUACAGGCGGCAAACACAAACAACCAAAAGCGAAAAAACAAAAACAGCAAAAGGUAUGUCAACAACAUCCAAAACAGCAGCAACAUUAACAUCAAUAGCAAUAGCAACAACAACUACAACAUGCAAUAACAGCAAUAACAUAACAAAGAGAAGGCAAAAAGAUUAUUGUUUAGAAUAAUAAACUAAAGACGAGAUUAAUUGAAGUAUAUUUGUAUUUCAAGAGUGUUCGCGAGGCACGUAUUUGGAUGAGAAUGUCACGGCAUGUACUCCAUGUCCAAAAGAUACAUAUCAAGAAAACACAGGGAUGUUCAACUGUACACAGUGUGAAGAAGGACUUACGACCUUGAACAAAACUGGAAUAUGGAACAGAAAAGCGUGUGCACCAGGUAUAUAAUACAUCCUACAUUCAGUGGCGUAGCCAGCUCGAUGAUUUGGUCCCACUAAGCAAAUUCAUCAACUCAUUAUCAUUGUUCAUUUCUUUAGAAAUUGAUUGUGUUGAUAGUUUAUAAGCAUGGCAAUAUUUGCAUAGCGGGACUGAAUCGCUGGGCUGGCUACGCCACUGCCUACAUUUGCUAUCAAGUAAAAUCGGCAUGUGGUGAAGACAGGAACGAAAUGGAACGAAACAAAACCACAAAAACGAUCGGAACCCCUGGGACACUCAAAACGGAAACAAAAUAUGUAUUUCACUUAUUUGGAAUGACCAGCCAAACUUGGUAUGCAAAUUGCCCAUUUCACCGUCUAUUUACACCUUUGAGAUAUGUAAUAUUUUUGUUUCAUUGUUACGCUAAGCUGAAUGGAUUGUUGUGUAUAGUACUUAAAUAUCACUUGAAUGAAAAAAAACCCGAUCUCAUCGGAGCUGACUCUUCCACAGUCCCUCGUUAAUAUAUUUUAGUACAGUAGAAUACGCCCAACGCGAGCGACUGGGAACGAGUCAGUCAUCGGAGUGUAAGUAGAUAAUUAGCCUUUCUCACGCAACCUUUUAAGAACAGAUAUAGUAAGCAGUGAAAAUGAAACUUGCUACAACUAGAAUUGUAAGUAUAAUAAUUAUAAAUCGAAUUACAGUUAAAUAUUUGAAAAUUUAUUUUCACAUUGCUUAGAUUUUUUAACAACAGCAGUAACAACAACAAGAUCAGCAAAAAAAAACAGCGACAACAACAGCGACAAUAACAAGACAACAAGAAUAACACUAACAACAGCAACAACAGCUGCAACAGCAAUAACAGCAGCAAUAACAGCAGCAACAGCAAAUUCAAACAACAUGCAUAACAAAAGAGAAGGCAAAAAGAAUACUAUGUAGAAUAAUAAACUAAAGACGAGAAUAAUUGAAGUAUUUGUGUUUGAAGAGUGUUCGCGAGGCACGUAUUUGGAUGUGAAUGUCACCACUUGUACUCCAUGUCCAAAAGAUACAUACCAAGAAAACACAGGGAUGUUCAACUGUACAAAAUGUGAAGAAGGACAUACGACCUUGAACAAAACUGGAAUAUGGAACAGAAAAGCAUGUAAACCAGGUAUAUAAUACAUCAUACAUUUCCUAUCAAGUAAAAUGGGGAUGUGGUGAAGUCCGGAACGAAAUGGAACGAAACAAAACCACAAGAACCGGAAACGAAACAACUGGGGCCGCCGGGACAGUCAAAACGGAACCAAAAUAUGCAUUUCACUUGUUUGGAAUGACCAGCUAAACUUGGUAUGCAAAUUGCCCAUUUCACCGUCUAUUUACACUUUUGAGAAAAGUAAUAUUUUAGUUUAAUUGACGCGCCAAUCUGCAGAUACCUCUAAAUAUCACUUCCAUGGAAAGAUGUGUACCUCACAAGAGUGUAAGUAGACGAUUCAAACGGCCAAUUUUCAUACAUGUUAAGUUGGUUUAUUGCAUUUUAUCGUGUUAAAACGCAUAAUAAUAUAGUUUUUCGCACAAAGGCUUCAAAUUGGACUCGUUCUUCGGACUCGUGCAAUUUUGAUCGUCUUUGGAAAUUCAUCCGUGCAUGCUUUUGCAAAUUGUACUCGAAACCAUACUGUUACUAGCUGGCUAUAUACCAGUUAUCUGUAACUAAAUAACUUUUGGAACUGUAGAAAUCAACAAUUAUCGAACGAUGUUAAGUUAUUAAGCAUGAUGUGAAGAAUUGACCGACGUUUGUGUUGUCAGUCGAGGCCGAAGGCUCAUAUCAUACGAAAACCGAAUAUUUACCGUGGUCAUAAACAUUUUAACUGUAAUUGUUUGAUUGGAAAUCCAAAAAUCAGUUUCCCACAACAUUCUGUGAAAGGAGUUGUGGUCCUAUCUAUGGUCUCGGCUCACACAGCCGCGGGAUCUCCCCACGAUGGCUCAUUUUCUUGUAUAAAGCCGCUUUCUCAUAUGAACAGGACUAGCCUUUUAAGAUAACAUAAACUGAUUCGUGCAUGUGCACCUUUAAUAAGCUAUUACUUUCUUCAUAGAUAUCCAACCAUCCCCAAGCACGCCAUCCGCAGGUAAACGCAUCUAUUGUGGACGUCAGAUGAAAAAUUAAACCCAUUUUUUACAGUGCUUCCAAUUUUGAUUCUACAUAUUUUAACCUUAAUUCUAUCGCUCUCUACUCACAGAAAAGUUUAUAUUUUGUUUCCAAUCAAAUUCUCCCAUGAGAAAUAUCAAUUUCACACAACAAGAACAACAGUCUAAUUUUAGUUAAAACGUCCAUGAGCAAUAGUAUUAUAAUCUAAAUUAGCACUAAGGGAGCGGUCAUAAAGUAAGUGCUACCCGGGGGCGGAGGAUAUUGGGAUGGGGCAUGAAAUGAAUUUAUCACUUUAACGAGGGCCGGGGUAUGAAAUUAAAUGUGUUUGUUUCAAUGCAAAUAAUUAAUACAGUUUAUUAUAUAUCGGCUCCGUUCAUGGUCGAAAUAAUUUUUCAUACAUCACUGCCAUCAUUGUCUCAUAAAAGAUUUGACCAUUGCUCAAGUAGUCUCCCCUGCAGUUGCUCUUUGUGUUGUGAUUUUAUUUAUGACGGGGGUAUGAACCAUAUGACGGGGGCAGAGUGACGGGGAUAUGAAACAAUAUUGUCCACAAAAUUAAAAACAUUCUCCGCCCCGGGGUAGCACUUACUUUAUGACCGCUGCUUACUUUAUUAACCAAUCAAAAGCAAGAUCAAAUUUUUUGUCCGAUAGACCAAUCAGGUGAAAAACCUAAUUUUAGCUUUUUUACAUGCAGGCAGCCAACGGGACCCUCCCGUUCAUUCACUUACAUUUGAGGAAAGGAAAACAUUAUCAGAUAUUCAGGCCAAAUUUGACUAUUGUAUAUACGCUUGGAGGAUGGCCAACACAAGGACGAAAGCAAUCAACACAAUGAAAUUCAUGAAUGUCACGAAAGAAACGAAUAUUUGAAAAUUUAGGAGACAUUUCAAAGCUCUGUUGAAAAGACUUUAGCUUUAAAAAGAACUAGCUAUUAUGUUAGGGAUAGAGGAAUCGUAUUUUAUACCUAUAUACUGUAAGCAAGAAUAGAAUCCAAAGCCUGCAUUGUUACGAUUCUAUAUUUUCAAUAAUUUCCAUUUUAGGUGAAGAUAUGAACGUGGUGGCAAUAGCAUUACCAAUCCCUGUGCUCGUAGCGGCUAUUGUCGCGGGAGUAAUAUAA